AUGGAGGAAAAUACAUCGGCAGAAAUAUUUGACGGCGAUGCUUCCUACAAACACACAGUAAUAUUGGCUAUAGUAUGCAAACAGGAGAGGUCAGCUGUGAAACAUCUGGGCGUCGCGAUUUGCAAUUUUCUCAACUCAUCAUUGCAAGUAACAGAAAUUUCGGACAAUGAAUUCUUCACGCUACUCGAAUCCGUCAUAUUACAGGUUGGACCGACGGUGUGUACGCUGUCUACAACCAAGGAUGCCAUAGAUGUCAAGCGCUUGAAGCACAUACUCUCGUUAUGCAACGUACAAUGUAUGAGCCAUACCUUCUCAACUUCGAAGGACGCCACGUCGGCUGUAGAAGAGAUGAAGAUCAAAAGCAAUUUGGAAUACCUGCUCGUCGAGGAGGAUCAUGUGAGGAAUCAUGCCAAACUACUCUCAAUGCAGCUGGCCAUGAAGGCGCUUCUAGGUAUAUUCGAUACCUUCGACAUCGCGAAGCAACCGGCGUACAAGCACAAAUUCCAUUUAGACGAAUACAAGGUCGAAAAAUACAUGUCAAUGGACAGAGCGGCAUUUGCUUCUCUCUCCAUAUUGCCCAGUAAUUCUAAUUAUAUGAGUAAGACCAGUAUCGGCACGCGUAGGCUGAGGAUGUGGGUAUCCCAACCACUUACUGAUGCAAAUGAAAUUCGUAAAAGGCACGACUGUGUCGAGGCCUUCAAGGCUAACUUGUACAAAACAAUACAGGCCGAAUGCUUGAGAAAAGUACCUGACCUCGACGCGAUCGUUAUGAAGCUCAGGGCCAUAGAUAGUGGUAGCGAUUUGGAUGGUAGAAUCAAAAGCACAAUCACAUUUGAAAACCUUGUGCGCCUUUACGACUGUGUUAUCGCUGUGAACAGGAUGGUGCAAUUUGUCCUCGUUCCCUAUGACGGAAUACACUCCGAGACUAUUAAACAUAUGUUUACCGAACCGUUGUUGAAUAUAUCAUCGCUAUUCGAAACCUAUUUACGGUUGGUGGAAAAGACGGUCGAUCUGAAGGAAGCCGAAAAAAGGAACUACAUCAUUAAUCGCAAUUUCGAUAACAAACUAGUGCAAAUCGGUGGGAAGGUAGAUAAAAUAAGGGCUGAUAUGGAAGCACUAAGGGAAUCCUUCGAGGAUGAAAUUUUCUACCGUUCGAACAAGGGCAGAAAGGGGAAUAACCUCAAACUGGUAGAGUGCAGCAACAUGGGGUACCUUUUCAGGGUCUCUAAAAAAGACCAAGCACUGCUUCAGGAGUCUGAACGGCUAAAGGGGUCAAUAGAAAAGGUCAGGCUGAAUAAAAAUGAAUUUCUUUUUACCACACCGCAUCUCCGGCAACUGUGCGCAAAAUUCAAUAGCGCGCAUAAAGACUAUGAAAACGAGCAAACGGCGUUGGUAAACAAGGCGUUUAAGGUCGCAGCUACGUACUGGAUCCUGGUUGAACGAUUCGCAGAUGUCAUUGCUACCAUGGAUAUUCUAGCGGGAUUCGCUGAAGUAGCUGCGACUUUAAAUUAUGUUAGACCUGUGAUAGAUCUGGAAAAUGUCGAAAUUAAUCUCGUUGCAGCGCGGCAUCCGCUUGUAGAAUGCGGACUUUCAACACGGGGCUUUGUGCCUAACGAUCUGGUCAUGAGAAGAGACACAUCCAGAGUUCACAUUACCACUGGGCCCAACAUGGGUGGUAAGUCCACAUACAUAAGACAGGUAGGGGUCAUAGCUGUCAUGAAUCAAAUCGGUUCUUUUGUACCGUGCACCAAGGCAAAGCUGCCUAUAUUCAAACACGUUCUCUGCAGAGUAGGGGCAUCCGACAUUCAGUUACGUGGCGUUUCUACGUUUCUGGCGGAAAUGGUGGAAGCUGCCGCCAUUUUGAAAACAGCCGACGAACACUCUUUGGCAAUUAUUGAUGAACUAGGCAGAGGCACUUCUACGUAUGAUGGUUUUGGCCUCGCGUGGGCUAUAAUAGUUGACCUCAUCCAAAGAUCCAAAUGCUUCUGCUUGUGUGCGACGCACUUCCAUGAAAUGGGCGACUUGGUAAAAGACCACGAGGGUGUCAAGAACAAAUUCGUCAAUGCCAAAUACUUAGAAAAUGCAAAACAAAUGGUUUUUCUAUACGAAAUCAAGGACGGAAUAUGUACGGACUCCUACGCCAUAAAUGUAGCAGAAAUAGCUAUGUUCCCCCAAGAUGUUAUCGCAAACGCGCAGAAGAAACUAAACGAACUCGAAGAUGUCAACAAGUCUGAAGACUGGGAAACGCUGCAGCCGCUUUUGAGUUCGAAGUCAUUCGACGAUUUCAAAAGUAAAUUGCAAGAUUUGUGCAAUAGCAUCAAGUCAGACACUUAG